GUGGACAGCGGGCUCUACCUUGGCCUGGUGUGGAUUGACCGGGACAACAAGCGCUUCAGGAUCCCCUGGAAACACGCUACACGGCACACCCCCCAGCAUGAGGAAGAAAACACAAUUUUUAAGGUGAAUAAAGCACAUCUCUGUAACAAUUUCUGAAACAAUACAUGUGGGCCAAUGUGUUGGCAGGUGAACUGGUUGUGGCUGGAUCAACAGUGAGUAAAGUAGGGUUGAUGUUAACUAUUUUCUCUGAAUGUAUUCUUCAUCUGAUUCCUCUCCCCUCCUGUACCAGGCCUGGGCGGUAGAGACAGGAAAGUUCCAGGAGGGUAUUGAUGAUCCUGACCCUGCCAAGUGGAAAGCUCAGCUCCGCUGCGCCCUCAACAAGAGCCGAGAGUUCAACCUUGUCUACGACGGCACCAAAGAAGUCCCCAUGAACCCCCUGAAGAUCUAUGACAUCUGCGACAUCCCACAGCCCCUCAGUAACCCAGGUAACUGGCCAUCAAUGACAUAAAAAUAUCAUAUUUAUACAACCAUAGUAGAUAUAUGAUUAGUUAGUGACUUGUAUGGUUUGGUAGCAGCUUUUAAACUUAUUUAAAGUUUUGGCAUCCCUUGCUCUCCUUCUCAUUUCUCUUCUUCUCUCUCCUCAGGAUCCUCAGACCCUGGGUCUUGGACACCAAAUGAUGGGGAUGAAGAUGAAUCAGAUACCCCAGAGCCCCUCCCUCCUUAUCCAACAUCCAAUGGUUAGUCAUGUCAAAUAUCUCUCAUUUAUUUGAGUCCCUCUCUAAAACUGUUUUUCUGUAGAUUUUUACCACAUCAUUUAUCAUAGACCACAUAACAGUCCAGAUCUAGCCUCUAGAUAAUGUUUUCCAAGUUGCCUGGUCCAAAAACAACCUCCUAACCCCCUUUUGUUUGGCUUACCCCCAGUAUUGAUUCCAAUAUCCCAGUAUUGUUUUUGAUAUGUCAGCUAAUCAUGCUUUGUGUUUCUCUGUAACUAAACAGGCACCAGCCCCGCUCUUAUGUGGUCUCCUCCGGGGUCAGUAUCGCCCCUACAACCCCCCAGCUGCCCCCCAUCAGUUGAAGUGUGGCCCAAAAAGGAGCCUUUGGAUGUGGAGAUGCAGCCCUCCCCCCUGGAGAUGCCCCCCCCUCCCCCACUGGACAUGCCUCCCCCUCUCAUGCCUGACAUGAUGUUCGCCUCCCCAGAGAUGUGGAUUAGCUCCUUGCCCAGUGAGUACACUAACACAACUACACAGACAAACUCCUCCAUUAGAUAAAUAUAGGACUGCAUACAGUAUCACAGGAUCUUGUCCAUACAGACAACCAAUGAGUGACUCUUUUACUGUAUUUCAUGUGUUUCUUUGUCUCUCCUUCAGUGACAGACCUGGAGCUGCAGUUCCAGUACCGGGGUAAGGAGGUGUGUCCAGCCAUGACGGUCAGUAACCCCCAGGGCUGCCGGCUGUUUUACGGGGACCUGGGCCCCAUGGUCAACCAGGAGGAGCUGUUUGGCCCUAUCAGCCUGGAGCAGCUGAGGUUCCCCUCUACCGAGCACAUCGCCAACAACACACAGAGGGUCUUCACCAACCGCCUGUUGGACGUCAUGGACCGAGGCCUUGUCCUGGAGAUCAGCGGCCAUGACAUCUAUGCCGUCCGCCUCUGCCAGUGCAAGGUGUACUGGUCAGGCCCCUGUGCCCCAAACCCCAACGCACCCAACCUCAUAGAGAGGCAGAGGAAGAUCAAGCUGUUCUGUCUGGAGUCCUUUCUCAGCGGUAAGCAGUGACUACGAUCCUCUUAACAUAGAUGGAUUCUAACCUUCCUACAGCAACAAGGUUUAUACUACUCUUCACACAGCUUUCUUGCUUGUCAAUAUAUUGUAUUUGGCUUGGCCCUUAGGCGGUAUUGUGUGGCAUGUACUAUAGCUGUGAGUCUGAUUUGCUAUGUGAUAUGAUUGUGAUGGGUUUGUGUUUGAUGUGUGCAGAUGUGAUAGCCCAUCAGAGGGGCCAGUCGGCCAGCCCUCCUCAGUUCGACAUCAACCUGUGCUUUGGAGAGGAGUGGCCUGACAGCAGACCCAGGGAGAGGAAGCUCAUCAUGGUGCAGGUACGAGACUGUCUUUGUCUCAGGAUGCAAUGAUUCAUAGAAAACUCAUUUUAAAUAUUAGUUUUUCAUUAUUUUAAAAUGUUGAAUUGACCCUCAAGCGUGUAUGUUUUGUUGUUGAGUCCCUUAGCUGUAACUGCCAUGUCUUUGGCGCUCUGCUCCCCUCCAGAUCAUCCCUGUGGUAGCACGAAUGAUCACUGAGAUGUUCUCAGGUGACUGCAUGCGCUCCUUCGACAGCGGCAGCGUGCGCCUGCAGAUCUCCAUCCCAGACAUCAAGGACAACAUCGUGACCCACCUAAAGCAGCUCUACCGCCUGCUGCAGACCCACCAGGGUCAGGAAGGCUGGCCUCAGGCUCUGCCCCCAGGAGCCGGCAUGCACCUGCCCCAGGCCCUGCAUGCCCAGUGA